GGUUCAUAUCGCUGCUGCUAACGGUGGGUCAAGGACCAAUCUCUGAUAUAUGUAUUCCAAGUAGAGUUGCAAGAACAUGGCACCCUUGUAACAGGAAAACAUCAGACGAUGACUACUAUGAUCCAUGUUUAAAAAAGGAUUUCUAUUAGUUCCAAUUAAGAUUGGUUUCUUAGAAGUUGUCUUCUCCUUGAAAAAACAUUACAGUACAUAAUGAAUGAAAGUGAAGCUGAUGUACACCCUAUAAAUACACAAAUAACUGAAGAAGUUGACGCAGAGGAUUUGUCAAUAGCCACAUAUGAAUCUGAAAAAAUAAAUUGCGUUGAUGCAAAUGUCGAAAGUGAUAAAGAUGAAGUUAAUGGUGAAAACAUUUUGGGAAAGGUUUUCGAUACAACCGAUGAUGCGUAUGCCUUUUAUAAUGAUUAUGCAUUUGUACAUGGAUUUGGUAUACGUAUUCAUACUACAUGCAAAAAUAAGGGAACAAAUGAACCUUAUCGAAAGACACUUGUAUGCGACAAAGAAGGUUUUAAACGGGAGGAUGGUAAUACUUCAAGUGGACAUGAAAAAAAACGUCGUAGAGAAGUUAGAAUCGGAUGCAAAGCAAUGCUCCGAAUUUCAAAAAGGAAGGAUGGGAAAUGGUUUGUGGACUUGUUUGAUGACACACAUAAUCACGAAUUGAGCAUCACACCAACGAAGGUGAUGAAGCAUCGUUCUCAUGCGAAGUUUCAUCGUACAAUGGAAUGUAAAUCUCUCAUGGUGCAACUUAAUCAAUCAGGGUUGAAACCUUCUCAGAUUAAAAAGACUAUUAAUGCAAUGAAAACCUCAAAUGAACCUGAUGUAACUUCAAAACAAUGCGUUGAUGUAUUAUCUGAGCAACGAAAACACAAUAGAGGAAGAGAGUUCUAUGGACUAAUUAAACAUUUACAGGAUAAAGCAUUGGUGGAUAAUGAUCAGUAUUAUGUUGUGGAUUUGUGUAGUGAUGGGUGUCCUAGAAAUAUUUUUUGGGCUGAUGGAAGAUCAAGAGACGAUUUUACUAAAUUUGGAGAUGUUGUUGUGUUUGAUGUCACGUAUAUGACAAACAAAUUCAAGAUGCCUUUUGCUCCAUUUACCGGGGUGAACCAUCAUGGACAAUCUAUACUAUUUGGUGGAGCGUUGUUAGAAAAUGAAAAGGAAGAAACUUUUGUAUGGUUGUUUGAGCAUUUCCUAAAAUGUAUGUUUAGCAAGUAUCCAAAUGCUAUUAUUACUGAUCAAGACAAGGCUAUGGGUAAUGCAAUAAAAAAAGUGUUUCCGAACGCUCGGCAUCGCUUUUGUGCAUGGCAUAUAAAAAAGCAUGAAUUGGAGCACCUUCGACCAUACAUUUCCCGUUAUAGUGAUUUUCAAGAAUCAUAUAAAGAAUGGGUAAUGAGUGAUACAAUUGAAGAAUUUGAAACUAUGUGGGAAGUUAUACGUGAUAAGUAUAAACUUGAAAAUAAUUGUUGGAUAACUGAUAUGUAUAACCAACGAAUACAUUGGGCUAAAGCUUUCUUAAAGGAUAUUUUCUUGGCCGGUAUGACAACAAGUGGACGAAGUGAGAGUAUUAAUUCUUUUUUUGAUGAUUUUGUUAACUCGAGUACCAUGUUGAAUGAUUUUUUAGUACAAUAUGAUAAAGCAGUUGCGUCACGAAGGGCUGCCGAAGAAGAUGAAGAUUUCAAGACUAUGAACUCGAGGCCGGUUCUUUCCUCAAUACAUCCAAUUGAAGCAAAAGCAGGUGAGUGUUAUACCAGAAAGGUUUUUGAGAUUUUCAAAAAAGAAUGGAUAGAAGCUACCAACAAUUUAACGCAUGAGACUCUAAGCAAAAGUACAGAAGAAAUCAAGUAUCGAGUUGGACAAUUGAAUGUUGACAAAAAAUAUUGGCGGAUUGUUAGCUUUUGUUUGUUAAAAAAGAUGCAUGUGACAUGUUCUUGUGCUAAGUAUGAGACAUGUGGGAUUUUAUGCAAACAUAUCUUGUAUGUAAUGAAGAAGAGGCAUGUUGACACACUUCCGAGUCACUACAUUUUACCUCGAUGGACCCUUAAUGCUAGGUACAAGGUGGGUAAGCGUAGCAUCGGACUCGAAGAAAUGAAUAACAAAAAUGGCGUCAGUGCUUACACUUUAUGGUGUGUUCGUUCAAAUUUUAACAAAGUUAUUGAACAAGCAAAAGACUCUCCUUCAGAAAUAGAAAACGUCAAUAACAUAUUGAUAAAGCUCUUACAAGAACAAGAAAUUCGGAAAAAACCUAUACCAGUUGAGAAUGUAUCUCAAGGUUCUUGUGUGAGAAUUUCACAAUUCGAUAUGACGCCUCAGAUAUCUGUUCGGGAUCCUGUUGGUCCAACUAACACGAAAGGGCGUCCUAAAAUUGCUAGUAGAAUCAAGUCUUCUGUUGAAGGGCCAAAAAAACGAACAUGCUCUUACUGUCAAGAAUUAGGUCAUUAUGCUACUAGUUGUUCUAAAAGAAAGGUAGAUGAAUCGUUGCAAGAGAAACAAUAAUCAAAUAUGUAGUUGAUGUGAGAAAGUGAAAAAUCCACAUGGUUGAUGACAUUUUUGUUUUAGUUAAUUGUCCUUUUUUUUCAAGUUUUGGUUAAUUUUCCUUUUUUCUAGUUUAGUUUAAUUGUCUUUUUUCCAGUUUUGGACAUAAAUCAUCUAGGUUGCUGUUUUGAAAUGCAAAAUUUGAAUGGUUAAUGCUAUGUCUAAAAAAUGAAAAUACAGGGGUGAUGUGUGUAAAAAAUAAAAGUAAGAUGCUAUUAUAUGUUAAAAAUGUAAGUACGGGGGUAUUAUGUGUAAAAAAUGAAAGUACGAUGUUGUUAUUUGUAAAAAUGAAAGUACAAUGCUAUUAUAUGUUAAAAAUGUAAG